AUGUCGUUGGAGAGAUAUAUGGCCGUGUGUUUCCCUCUGAGGUACGCCAGCAUCGUCACGGUCCCCACCACAUAUGGGGCCAUAGCCGUGGUGUGGGCCAUCAGCUAUGCCAACAUGUUGAUCAGAGUUAUCAUGUUAACGGCUCUUGAUUCCAGACCCUUUGGUCAGUUCAUGGACAUUCCCUGCGGUAAAAACCCCAUAUUCCAGUUGAAAAUAUUCUCUGAGUUUGAGAGUGGUUUUGUCUGUGCUGAGUUUGUGUCGGUGGGCCUGAUAAUUAUCCUUUCCUACGUGGGAGUGAUGGUGGCGGCCAAGGCCGCCUCCACUGACAAAUUGUCAGCCAAUAAGGCUUCCAAGACAGUCCUGUUGCACAUGAUUCAGCUGGGCCUGAGGAACGGAGAGUACCUGGAGGGAUAUCGGGUCGUCUUCUCUAUCAUCCCAUGCGUCAUCUUCCUCUACAUAAACUGUGUGAUGCUGUACACACUGAGAAGCAAGCCUGUGUUCCGUGAGACCUCCCGUUACCUCCUGCUCUACAACCUCCUAUUGGCUGAAACCUUACAGAUGGCAUUGGCUCAGAUGAUGUCUCUACUAAACGUUGGCAUGGUGUUCAUGACACGCUUAAUGUGCCUACUAGUCCUUAUACCGACGAUAAUUACCACUAUCACAUCGCCGUUCAGCCUGGCCGUGAUGUCGUUGGAGAGAUAUAUGGCCGUGUGUUUCCCUCUGAGGUACGCCAGCAUCGUCACGGUCCCCACCACAUAUGGGGCCAUAGCCGUGGUGUGGGCCAUCAGCUAUGCCAACAUGUUGAUCAGAGUUAUCAUGUUAACGGCUCUUGAUUCCAGACCCUUUGGUCAGUUCAUGGACAUUCCCUGCAGUAAAAACCCCAUAUUCCAGUUGAAAAUAUUCUCUGAGUUUGAGAGUGGUUUUGUCUGUGCUGAGUUUCUGUCGGUGGGCCUGAUAAUUAUCCUUUCCUACGUGGGAGUGAUGGUGGCGGCCAAGGCCGCCUCCACUGACAAAUUGUCAGCCAAUAAGGCUUCCAAAACAGUCCUGUUGCACAUGAUUCAGCUGGGCCUGAGUCUGUCGUCUUCCUUGGUAAGCACGAUACUGACAGGCCUCCAUGGGAAAGUAGAUAUGAUCAUUUUCAGGCAUCUUCGUUUUUUUCUGUUUGUUUGCCUCAUCAUCCUCCCCAGGUGUCUUAGUUGUCUGAUAUACGGCCUGAGGGAUCAAAUUAUCAGGCCGAUCUUAUUACGACACCUCAGACUAGGAAUUAAAAUGCUAAAUAUCCAAGUUAUCCACUCAAGAUAUUAA